AUGGAGUUGGGUGCAGUUUUGUUGCUUUGUUGUGUCUUGUUUUCCCUUGCGCCAAGCCUAAUUGUUGCGGAAAUAAGACCGUGGUGUCCAUCAAGAAAACAAACAUUUGAUGGUUCAUGCAAAAAAGAUUUCACACAAUGCUUUGAUGACUUAAAAGCAACAUGGGCUUCUGUUGGAGACCUUGGUCCAACCGAUUGCACUUGCACGUCUCAACCCCAGAACAAGCGUCUCUGCUAUUGUCGUUAUUUACCUUGCCCUAGCUAAAUACUGUAAUUUUUAUGAUUCGGAAAUCAAAUUGUUCUCAUAUAUAUCUUCUAUAAUAAUAAAGUAAGAGUUGACAAAAAAAUAAAAA